GUUGGAGAGACGCACUUGUGGGUGAUAGAGGUGGUGCUGGGAUACUUGGAGUGGUAUAAAAGGUCAGUUUCUGAUUGGGGAGGAGGUCACAGCGAGUGUAUCUCACUAGGAUCAUUUAUAUCUCUGCAGCAUGGAUUCCAAGUCUUCCUCAUCUUCUACCCGCACAGUUGAUUUCCUUCAGGUCAUGUCUGACUUUGACACGGUUCUCAAGUUCUGGGCUCCAGUGGAGGCAGACUACGACACCUAUGGAGGUCUGGUCCUGAUCCGUUUAUUCACCAACCACCCUGAAACUCAGAAGCUGUUCCCCAAAUUUGCCGGAAUCCCCCUGGCUGACCUGCUUGGGGAUUCUAGAGUCUCCAGCCACGGGGCCACUGUGUUGAAGAAACUAGGCCAGCUGUUCAAGGCUCGAGGGAGCCACUCUGCCAUCCUCAAACCUCUGACUAAAAGCCAUGCCACCAAACACAAGAUAGCCAUCCGUCACUUCCAGGAGAUCUCAGAGGUCAUUGCUAAGGUCCUGGAGGAGAGAGCUGGGCUUGAUGGAGUAUGUGGAAAGUAAAAAAUUAAAAAAAAACAUUUUAAACACUUUUUGAGUGGGUCCAUUUUGGUUCACUGAGAAUUCUGUGAGAUUUAAAAAAUAAUAAUAAUUGAGGCCGACUACAAAGAGCUCGGCUUUACAGGCUGAUGGCGCUUUUGAAAAUGACGUUUUGCACAAAUGGUGGCAGAUUUCCAGAGUGUGCUAAUAAAAACCUCUGACACUCACAAA